GAGAAGGAGUCCAUGCUCCUCAGCACAGCCACCCCCUUCCAGGAGCAGGGUGACAUCUGUGUUUGUCACCAUGGGCUCCAUGGGACAUCAACCCUCUCCCUGUGGCUUCUCUGAGGUCUCUGAGCUGGGAGUGUUCUGGGGGUCUCUGAGCCUGGAGAAGAGAAGGCAUCAGGGAGCCUUCACCUUGGUGCCGCCAUGUUGUUUUCCCUCACAUGUCCUCACCUCCCUCUCUUCUCUGACUAGAUGAAAAACUGCUGCCAUUAGGUACCAUUGCCAACAACUUCUCUCAGUUCCAAGAUUCUUCCAAUAUUCCACAGUGCUGAGAGGUUGGUCUUGUCCAGGAUUCGCAUUGGGAAAUCGCUCGCCAUGUUUUCACCACCGCCCACAUCAUCCCUCCAACACCAUGCAGGCAGCAGCGGCCGCUGCGGGUGCUGGCUCAAUUUAGCACAUCUCUUUAUGUGGGGUGCUGAGAAGGAGUAGCUGCCACUGCUGCCCCUGCCCUUCUGCCCACAGCACAGCUGGCUAGGGGCGGCCAGGCAGGCAAGGCUUGCCACAGGCCACACCAAGAUGGCAGCGGCCACGGCAGGAUGGCCCCAGCAGCGGUGCCUCGCCAUCCCUGGUAAAAACCGUGUGUGUGCUGCUUGGAUUUUCUUCUUGAAAAUGUCAUCACAGAGGCGUCACCAACCUCUCUAAUUGAGCCAGCAGCAUGUCCAUCUUCAUAGCCAUCAGAAACUGCCUCUGUCAGACAUGCUGGAAGCUUCCAUGAGCUUCUAACAGGAGCCCCUUUCUGUGGCUCUCCCCUGCUACCAAAAAACCAGGCUGUGCCAAAUCAACACAAAGCAACUGUUUGCUGUUCUUCCCUUGGGCAGUGUGAGCCUGCACUUGAAUGAAAAAUGGGAAUUCUUGCCUCAGCCCUGUUUCCUUGUGCCCAGGGCAGGUUUUGGCAAUGAUCCCAGACCUCUUACCAGCAAGAGAGUUUUUUCUGAGAAGCAGCCUGAUGCUCUACCAGCAUUGGCAGUGCUGGCACCAUUCUGGUGCCACCAGCACCACCAGCAUCCCUCUGCUGCUGGAGGGACCAUGACCCCUCAUGGAAGAGAAAUAAGAAAUAGUAGAAACCUGUCAGGAGAGGGAAGGCAGUCAGAGAAUGGGACAUGGUCCAGGGAAGGAGAGUUCCAAAUCAGGUGGAAAAGACAACCCAUUCCAUUCUUCCAGUGGAGUUUUGACAAAACUCACUACCUUUAUAGCAAAAAAAAAACAAAAACCAACCCAACCCAACCAAUAGAAGUGAAACUCUAAUGCUCUAAUGCAGCCAAAGUUGCAAUUUCUUACUCCUCCGUGACCCCACAAGGCUUUGGGAUACAACUGUGAGAUAGGGCACAGAAAGAGCCAGCAGGAUGGGAAUGGGGAGCUCCUGGUGACCUGGGCACUUUCUCCUUCAUGUCCCUGACCUGCCAGGAGCCGCUUUAGGACAUGGAUCCCAAAGGAGCAAGAGGCACCAGGAAGCGCCGCUGAUCUGCACAGAGCCCUUUGCCUGCUGCUGCCCCACAGGGAACAGCCAGGGGCCACAUCCCACUGCCUGCCCAGCGUCCAUCCAUGGAGGUGACCACCGUGUCCCCUCUUUUCACCUCACCAACUGACACAUCUGCUCCGUGUGACAUCAAUGUCACCAACAUGGCCAUAGACUUUGUGACGCUGCUUGUUGGCCUCUGUGGGCUGGCUGGGAAUGCAGUUGUUCUCUGGUUCCUGCAUGUUAAUGCCACCACCCACUUCAUCUCCAAACAGGCCAUCAUCGACUUCCUCUUCCUCAUCUUCAUGUUGCCCUCCACCCUGCUCUUCCUUGUGGAGGAAGUGUCCUGCUCUGCUAUAAUGUCCCUGAUGUAUUUAAGCUUGCUCUUCCAGCUGUCACUGUUCACCUACAUUAUAGGGCUGUACCGGCUGAUGUUCAUCAGCAUUCAGAGGUGCAGGUCUGUCCUCUGCCUGGUAUUCUGUGGUUUCCAACUGUCUGAGCACUUGUUGUGGGUGUUGAUGACUGCACUGUUCUGGGUCCUCCUCUUCAUUUUCAUCGCUGUCAAUCCCACAGUGACUUCCCAGUGCCAGUCACACGAGCGGGAGCAAUGCCAGGCGGCUCUCACCUCCAUGUAUGCCCUCAACCUCUUCCUAUUUGCUGUGCCCAUGGUCAUUUCCAGCACAAUCCUCUUCAUUCAUCUCAAGCCUGGCUCCCAGCAGCAGCAGCAACACAAGAGGCUCGACAUCGUUAUCUUCCUCAUUGCCCUCUUCAGUCUGCCCUUCAGUCUCUGGAAUUUCCUGCAGCAGCUCGGUUACACGGUUGUGUCCUCCCAGGCAGUUUUCCUACUUGCCUGCAUCAAUAGCAGCAUCAAACCCUUCAUCUGUUUCUUGGUGGGGAGCUGGAAGAGAGACUGGUCCAUGAGGAGCUGCUGGAGACACUGCUCCAUGGAGAGCUGCAGGAAGCACUCCUCCAUGCAGUCCCUAAGGAAGGCGAUCAAGAGGGUGUUUGAGGAGCCAAAAGAAAACACUGCCUGUGGAGAUGAUUCUGUUGUGAACACCGGGGUCUGAGCCUGUUGUUCCCAUCCACUGCACUGCUGAAGGACCCUGGCACAGUGGCUGAGAGAUUCCUUGAGUCUCCUGAUCAAUAAAUAGCCACAGGGUCA